GCGUAUAUCCAGAGACGAGACACGCUGUCAUCUGCGACUCCUGGCACGCGCGAGCAAUGACGUGGAUUUUCAUCCAUUGCAGUGCGAAAUCUUUGUGAACUCACUGCAUUCAACUACACCACUGCAGUGGGUCUGGACUGUUUCUUAGCAUCUGUGACAAGUGUCCAGUGAGGAGCAUCAACAUGAUUAAAGGCAAAGUUGAAAACAUUAAAGACAAAAUUGAUGGCAAUGAGCUUGAUUUGAGUCUCAGUAACCUGACAGAAGUGCCAGUCAAGGAGCUGGCUGCCUUACCUAAGGCAACGUUUCUGGAUCUGUCCUGUAAUAAUCUAACAACCCUGACUCCUGAAUUCUGUAGCUUGACUCAUCUUAUCAAAAUUGACCUGAGCAAGAACCAGCUCGUCUGCUUACCAGAAGAAAUCGGACAACUCAUUAAUCUCCAGCACCUGGAUUUAUACAACAAUAAACUGAAACAGCUUCCCGUCGGCUUCUCACAACUCAAGAGUCUGAAAUGGCUGGAUCUGAAGGAUAACCCCUUGGAGUCAACACUGGCCAAGGCUGCAGGCGAUUGCUUGGAUGAGAAGCAAUGCAAACAGUGUGCAUCCAGGGUUCUCCAGCACAUGAAGGUUCUGCAGGAAGAAGCAGAAAAAGAACGAGAACGUCGAUUGUUAAAAGAGAGAGAACUAGAAAAGAAAAAAGAAGCUAAGCAGAGGGAAAAGGAGGCCAGGGAAAGAGAAGCACAGAAAAAGAAAAAAGCAGAAGAGAAGGAGAAGAAGAGAAAGGAGUAUCAAGCUCAAAUGGCUGCUCUUGCUGCACAAGAACAACAGAAAAAGAAGAAAGAAGAAAAGAAAAAGAAAGCUGCUCAAAAUCAAGGUAAAAAGACCGUGUCAGAGUCUGUGCCUAAAGCCAAGCGCUCCAUAUGCUCCCUGUUCUUCUCUCUGCUCCUAAAACUCCUUCUCCUGCUAAUUGUGGGAGCAUCAAGCAUAUUAGCAGUUUGUCAGUUGACUGAGCUGAGGAAGGAGGCAUUCUGUGUUCCACUCAAUGUCCAAUUUGAGGAGACCGUGAGGUGGGCACAGAGUCUGGAGGUCGUGCAGCAGGUCAUUCAGAAAAUGUCUGAUCUCAGAACAUAAGACUUUCUCUGAUAAUGAUCCAUCUUGCUGCGGAUCUGGGCCUUUCAGGCAGUGCACUGGGACCAAGUCACAGACCUGUAUGCAGAAAUUCCUAUGGAAUUGGUUUUUUUUUUUCCAUUGCUGCAUCUUUUUAAAAACUAUAAUAAUCCAUAUGAUAACUAUGGACCAGUCUGUGAAUGGAAAUCCUGCUUGUAUUUCUUUAAACUGCCAAAACCGGAAAGGAGAAUGGAGCUAAGGACUUCAAGAAACAGUCAAUGAAUAAUAACAUGCGAGACCUUUGGAGUCUUAUGUAAUACUGUUUCACAACAUCUUAUAAUAAAAGAUUUGAUUGAUUUUGA